CCGUACGCUCCGUGGGUGCAACCAUAGAGUGCCGGAAAAAGCGUGAGCAGAGGGGUCGGGAAAAGAAAGCAACUGCGGUUAGUGCUAAAAUGACGACCUUAGUGCUGGAUAACGGAGCCUACAACGCCAAAAUCGGUUACAGCCAUGAAAAUGUCUCAGUUAUUCCUAACUGUCAGUUCAGGUCAAAAACGGCACGUCUUAAAACUUUUACUGCUAACCAGAUAGAUGAAAUAAAGGAUCCUUCUGGACUCUUUUAUAUUCUUCCUUUUCAAAAGGGCUACUUGGUGAAUUGGGAUGUUCAAAGACAAGUCUGGGAUUACCUUUUUGGAAAAGAAAUGUAUCAGGUUGAUUUUUUAGACACUAAUAUUAUUAUCACAGAACCAUAUUUUAACUUCACUUCAAUUCAAGAAUCAAUGAAUGAAAUCUUAUUUGAAGAAUACCAGUUUCAAGCAGUAUUAAGAGUAAAUGCUGGGGCUCUCAGUGCACAUAGGUAUUUCCGAGAUAAUCCUUCCGAAUUAUGCUGUAUCAUUGUAGAUAGUGGAUAUUCCUUUACACAUAUAGUUCCUUAUUGUAGAAGUAAAAAGAAAAAAGAAGCAAUUAUUCGGAUAAAUGUGGGAGGAAAACUCCUAACCAAUCAUCUAAAAGAGAUUAUAUCUUACAGGCAGUUACAUGUUAUGGAUGAAACACAUGUGAUUAAUCAAGUGAAAGAAGAUGUAUGCUAUGUGUCUCAGGAUUUUUAUAGAGACAUGGAUAUUGCCAAGUUGAAAGGAGAAGAAAAUACAGUAAUGGUAGACUAUGUUUUGCCUGACUUUAGUACAAUUAAAAAGGGCUUUUGUAAGCCAAGAGAAGAAAUGGUGUUAAGUGGAAAAUAUAAAUCUGGGGAACAAAUUCUUCGUCUGGCCAAUGAGAGAUUUGCUGUUCCAGAAAUACUCUUUAAUCCUUCUGAUAUAGGAAUUCAAGAAAUGGGAAUUCCAGAAGCUAUUGUCUAUUCAAUUCAGAACUUACCUGAAGAAAUGCAGCCACAUUUUUUUAAGAACAUUGUUUUGACAGGAGGAAAUUCCCUUUUCCCGGGAUUUAGGGAUCGGGUUUACUCGGAAGUUCGAUGUCUCACUCCAACAGAUUACGAUGUUUCUGUUGUGCUGCCUGAAAACCCUAUUACUUAUGCCUGGGAAGGUGGAAAAUUGAUAUCAGAGAAUGAUGAUUUUGAAGAUAUGGUGGUAACAAGAGAAGAUUAUGAAGAAAAUGGACAUAGCGUCUGUGAAGAGAAAUUUGAUAUUUAAGAAACGUUUCUGAAAGUUUUGACUGUGACAAAGGUUUAAUUUUCAAUGUUCUUUUUAAAGGAAGUUAAGGACCUGUGUUACCUUUCAUCCUAAGAUAACAUCU